GCUCCCACUCCUACCGGUAUUUCUACACGGGGGUGUCAGAUCCCAGCCCGGACGUGCCCACCUUCACUGCUGUGGGCUACAUGGACGACCAGAAAAUUCUUCACUACGACAGCGAGACACGGAGACAAGAGCCACGUGGGGACUGGGCACAGGGGGCUGUUGGCCCAGACUUCUGCGACAUUGAAACCACGAGCUUGCGGGGCUGGCAGCAGGGAUUUGGAGUGAACCUGGGCACCCUGCGGCAGCGCUACAACCAGACUGAUGGCGAGUGUGGGCAGGCAGAGUCUCACACUCUCCAGUUCAUGUACGGCUGCGAACUUCAUGAAGAUGGCAGCACUGGAGGCUACAGGCAGUUUGGUUCUGAUGGGGAAGAUUUCAUCAGCUAUGACUUGGGAACGCACACCUGGAUAGCAGUCCCCGCACAGGCCCAGAUCACCCAGCACAGGUGGAAUGAGGAUAAGAUCCUUUUUCAGAUUGCAAGAGCCUACCUGGAAGAGAGCUGCAUCGAGUGGCUGCAGAAGUACCUGCAGCACGGGAAGGCAGCACUGCUUAGCAAGCCCCCCAAGACACAGGUGAGGGACAGGCCUUCAUCUCAGGAUGGACUCACCACCCUGUCCUGCUGGGUCCAUUGCUUCUACCCCAAGGAGGUGGCUGUCAUCUGGCUGAAGAAUGGGGAGGUGCAGCCCCAGGAGAUGAGCCACUCGGGGGUCAUUCCCAGUGGAGAUGGGACCUACCAGACCUGGGCCACCAUCAAGAUUAACCCCAGUAGCAACCACGAUUACACCUGCAGCAUGGAGCACGUGAGCCUGGGUGAAGACCUGCAAGCAGCCCGGGAUAAGAGAAUGAUGCGUGAGUGA